UGAAAUCCAAGAAAAGGCGUGCUCUCUCUCUGCGCCGGUUGGUUAUAAGUUUGAGAUGUUGUGUGAUGACGUCGUCUGCAAUUAUUAAGAUGGAUCUUACUUGUGUUGUAUGCAAUGGCCGGCUGGUUUGCCAUCGAUUUAGACUUGGCAUGACGAGUUUGCACAACAUUUUUUUACUGAGCACGCUCGCUAGCUAAGGUCACCGCAAUCCCCCACCCACACAUUGAGUUCACCACAGUUAAAACCUGCUGAUCAGUUCACUGAUAAUGACUGUACCAAAAUGUGGGUCGUCCUUGACCUCCCUACCACCACACCAGCAGGGAUACGUGCGUGUGGGAACAGGCGCGCAACAACAACAUUGGUCAACGAGAAUCCACAGAUGAGGCAGUUUUACAGUGAUCUUUAGAGAUAAGAUGUCACGGUGGUUGCUUUCCUGUGGACACAAUCUGGACAGAAGGAUAUUUGGAAAAUUCAACCAAUCUGGCUGUAAUAAGCUUCGUGGUCACACCUCUUCCUUGACAACAAAUAAUCAGGACUCAGCAAUGGAUGCCCAAAUGGAAAAACUGAAGCAAGAUGCAAGGAACAUAUUUGCAGCAGGAGUUGAAGCUGUACUACCCCAUCGUAUAGUUUCCAAGACACUAAGUUACCAUGACAACUGUCUCAGGGUCAAUCAGAAGCAGUACAAGGUGGACCACAAUGUGUACAUAGUAGGAUUUGGCAAGGCUGUGAUUGGUAUGAUAGGGGCAGUGGAAGACAUCCUAGGAGACCAUAUACAACAUGGAGUUGCUAGUGUACCUCACAGUAUACAGGAUGCACUUACUAAAGCUGGACGAAGUGAUAUGUUGCCAUCCUGUGACUCCAAGGUAGUGAUAAUGGAGGGAGCUAAAAACAACUUUCCUGAUGAAGAUUCACAGAGGGCAGCAGAUAAGAUAACAAAGCUAGCAUCUAAUCUUGGCAAGGAUGACCUAUUGAUUGCCUUGAUAUCGGGUGGUGGCUCAGCUUUGCUCCCAGCGCCCAUCCCACCAUUAACCUUGCAGGAUAUCUACGAUGUAUCCAAGAUUCUAGCCAUGAAGGGGUCUACAAUUGCUCAACUCAACACAAUUAGAAAACACAUGUCUAAAUUGAAAGGAGGUGGUCUGGCACAGGUAGCCUACCCAGCCCAGGUUGUGAGUCUGAUUUUGUCUGACAUUAUUGGUAACCAACUUGACAUGAUAGCAAGUGGACCAACAAUAACAGACAACUCAACACCUCAAGACUGCUUAGAUAUUAUUUCUCAUCUUGGAGCCACCACCGCAAUCCCUAACAAUGUUCUCAAAUUCUUCCAAAGAAAGGUUAUCAUGGGGACAGCCAAUGAGAAAGAAGCAUCACCAUCUUCACAAGAUCUUGUAUUGAAUGUUGCCAUUGGUAAUAACCAAUUGGCCAGCGAAGAAGCAACUAGGUAUGCCCAGGUUUUAGGUUUUGAGACUUUAUUACUUUCUAAUGAGCUCUCUGGAGAGGCAAGAACACUAGGGGAUUCGUUUGUCAAGAUCGCUGAAUACAUACUUUGCCAGUAUAAAGUAAAACUUACAAAAAGUGACUCGGAAGGUUUCAAACAAAUCAACAAAGACUUAAUAGCUUUGUGUGGACUUGAUAUUGAAACAAAGAUUCAAACUCUUGUUCAGAAUGCCUCUAAUCUGAAUAAACCAAUAUGCUUGAUUGGAGCAGGGGAGACCACCGUAACAGUUGUUGGACAGGGUAAAGGUGGUAGGAACCAAGAAAUGUCUUUAGCUGUUGCCAUUGCGAUGAACAAGCAAUCCAACUUGCAGCAUCUUGUAGAAGAAGGCUUCCAAGUAGUGUUCCUGAGUGGAGGUACAGAUGGUCAAGAUGGUCCCACUGAUGCUGCAGGAGCUUUAGCUGACCCCCAUCAAGUAAUGCUAGCCACUCAAUCAGGCAUUCAGGCUCAACAGUAUUUGAGGAACAAUGAUUCUUACUCAUUUUAUUGUCAAGCAAACGGAGGAAAAGAUUUGUUGGUCACUGGCUUGACAGGAACAAAUGUGAUGGAUAUUCAAGUCUUACUUGUGACUCCUCCACAACCAAAUUUGCAAUAUUAAUCAUGGGUUAUUUGAAGAAAGUGAUACAUAAACCCUGAAGUGUUAGGCUGGGGUAAUGUAUGAUGUUUGGUAAACACCUGACUUGUUUCUGACUUCGAGAUGUCUGCUGUUCAAUGCAAAAUAUGAUAGUAAUCUGUAGACUUAUAAUUGGAAUUAAUUUGGUGAAAAAUAUUUUGAACAGGCUGUUCCAACUAGUUGAAUCAGUCGCACAUAGAUUUUCUGAGAGCAUUUUUAGAUUCCAAGCUAUACCCUCGAUAGCCUUAAGUCCAGGGGCAUGCAGCACCCCAAGAUGUUACGCACGACCCUAAAUGUCACACGAGAAAAUAGACCACUGGGAUCGGCAAUGGGCCUUUAGCAAUUUGAUUUUUGCUCCCGAUUUUGGUAGGAGAAAUAUAAUGCAUACUGUGAUGAGUGUUUGCCAAUAAGAACACACAAUUACCAAAGAUAAGAUAGUUCAGACACGUUCUCGCCAUCCCCACAUACAACCAUUCCUGGUUCUUCAUGUAUAUGGAUGCGCUAAAAAGUCACGUGCUAAAAAAGAAAAUGCACAUGUAAAUAUUUCAUUAUCAGGAAUAACUGACGAGAUAAACGAGAUGGUAUUUUUUACGCUUACGCUGGUCUUUGUGCUUGACAUUCAAGGGUGUCACCACCGCGUGCGCCCUAAAUAAAGGCUAGACACUCGAUGAAUCAAAUCAACUGGUUCUGGACAAAGAUAAUCACCUUAUCUAUGUAUUCAGAUCAGAUCAACUGAGAAGAUAAACAAAGAUCAACUUAUUGUCUUCUCACACAACUUACACUUCUGAAUUUCAUGCAUGAGAAGUUACAUUGUAUGAAUCACAUUAAAUUCUGCAUGUGUUGUUAUUAAAUGUCAAUGUUAACUUGCGCUUUAAAAUGGCUCAAAGCCAAUCAAUCCCAGAAUUAUAUUGAAUACACUUGGCAAUUCAUGCAUGUAUCAAUGUAUGCCAUGUAAAUCUGUAAAAUAACCAUAUACUUUCUUUCUAUUAAAUCAGGUGUCUCAUUGAUUUUGUAUUUAAAAUCACAUUAUAUUGCUUAAUUGUUAGUUUUUAAAGCUUUAAAGUUCAUUUUAAGAUAAAAUUGUGCCAAUCAAAUCAACAUAUAUUAAAUACUAAAAGCAACUCAUAAACCAAUUUACUUUGCAUAAAGAAAAAACUAUAGCUUUAUAUCUUGUGUAUAUGUACAAAUGUGUACCGGUAAUCAGUAUUAUUUCUGAUACUUUAGGUGGUGAAAUAAAUGUAAUCUCCAUCAAAGUCAAAUAUUUAUGUCGUGCCAAUCAAAUCAACAAAUAUUAAAUACUAAAAGCAACUCAUAAACCAAUUUACUUUGCUAAUAACUAUAACUUUAUAUGUUGUGUAUAUGUAUAAAUGUGUAUUUCAGUAUUAUUUCUGAUACAGAAUUUACUCAUCAUACUUGAAGUGGUGAAAUAAACGUAAUCUUCAUCAAAGUCAAAUAAUAUUUAUGUCUCAUUUUAUCAAAAGCAUGACUGUGAAGUCGAGACCUAAUCCAGUUUUGGGAAACAAUUAUAAAUGAAGUGCUUAAGCCGUGUUUGCACUUGACUAAUAUUUUGGGUAACUUAACCAUGACGCUGGGUAACAUUCCGAUGGGUUAACUUUCCCACCGUCCGCACUUGCCGAGACCGUGGGUAAACUAACCGAGCUGGUCCCCUGCGUAACAUUGAAUAGUUCGAUAAUCACAAAAAUCUUAUUCUUCCAUGACAAAACAUGUCAGCUUCUUUGUGUCUCGGAGGAUGGGAGAUUUAACCGAGUCGUUGCGUCCGCAUUAGACUUUCUGGCUCGGUUAAACUGACCAGGUCAAUCUUCCUGGGCACCUUUGGCUCGGUUAAACUACCCAUUCGGGUCG